AUGAAGUCUGCUGUUGUUCUUGCAGUUUUUCUGACAUUUAGUUGCAGCGAUGCCUUUGGUAUCAACACAGUGUCGUCUCUGAAUGUUACCCAAUAUCUUGGCCGCUGGUACCAGGUAGUUUAACCGAAACGUAAAUGUGUGCUUGAAAGACAAUGUAUCGGUAUAUUUGAGUGCUACGCAGUGUACUGUAGUAUUUGAGAGGAGUUUGAAAAUGCUCAAUUCAAAUUGCUUUCAACAAUAAAUUUUGUUUUUUGCUGGGGACAAAUCUAGUAGAGUCAGUAGAGCUACUAGCACGUACGCUUAUGUAAUACAUGGGUCGCGUCACGAACUGCAAAUAAGUAGAUACCACGCGAUCCGUAGGAUCUAGUGAGAGCUCACAUUCAUUCUGGAGAUAGCAAAUAUCGAUAGUUCAACUUAAGAAAUUGUGUUUCUGUUCUGUCGGGUAAUAUGGGAUGAUUUCAUAUGGAGUGAUUCUUAGCGAGGAUAAGAAUAUUAAUGUCAAUAUUUUAACACGCGUAAAAUCCUAUCUGUUUUGAUACUUAGAAAGAAUUAAUCCGCCUUAGUGGAGUAGCUAAACCGAGGGAAAACUGAAUCAUUCAGAAAAGUUUAAUUGGAUUUGGAAGACAGAGAGUUUGCGAUAUAUUUAUGUAUAUUAAAUAGCAAUAAACAUUUCAGACUAAGGGGUGGUAUACUAAAGGGGCAUCUUUUCUUUGAAAGAUGAUUUGUAAAAAGAUAAGAGGUUUGGCCUCGGGAUUGAGCCUUCGUAAAUAUUAACAACAACAACAACAAUAACAUAAGCUUUAUUUGCAUGACUGAAAUAUAACUUUAUCAAGUGCCCCGGCCUCCCCCCUGUUCCCUCCCGUAUCUUAUCUUGGCGAGCAACACGGGUCUUGAAACAACCCACUAGAAAAGCGCCUUUCGCGGCUAUAAUUUUCAUACAGACUCAGAGAACGGCAAUGAAUAUUGCUUCAAGGCAUUUGUUUUUUGCAGAUGUACUCUGAUGCCGCGGUGAUGGAUACUUUUGAGCGUGACGCUGUUUGCGUGACAGCUGAUUGUGAGUAAUAAGUUUUUCGUUAGUCUCUCUCGCACACAAAAGGCUACGAGGAUGACUCGGGGGGGGGGGGGGGGCUUCGGGGAAUUCUUGGUGGAGGGGUCCCCCCAUGUGGAAGAUGCGCUUGCUGGCGGGGGAGUUGAAGUUUUGGGCCGGUGCCGUGUUUUCGGGAUGCUUAAGUGGGAGAUAAAAGUUUUUCGUUUGUCUCCCUCCACACAAAAAGGCUGCGGGGUUGUCCGGGGGGGGGGGGGGGUGCUUCAGGGAAUUCUUGGUGGAGGUGUGCCGCCCUAUUUCAGACCAAAAAACGUCAUUUUUCACACGCGUUUUCAGACCUGACCUCGAGGAAAUUAUGUCAUCAUUACUUAGACUAGAAGGUAACAAUAAAGAUUUCUUAAAAUCCAUUUCCAAUUCGCAUGUUUCUCUUUCUUUCUUACUCAUUUGGAAUUAAAAGUAUAAAUAAGUUCUUACACUUCCGUAGAUCCCUUGAAAACCAUAACCGUUUUCAGACCAAAACGGCGGUAAAACCAUACCCUUUGCUCCUUUUAGCACUGGUUUACUUGCUUAUUUUUUUGUCGGUUGAAAUUCUGUCUACAUAUACCCUAUCUUCUUGCCUUUAAAAUAAAAACACGCCAUGGGCGUAGAGCAUAGUUAAAGAUUGUUUUGUCUUAAUAUUAUGUUAGAAUUUUCUGAACUCAGAGCAAAUAUUCUGUUUGAAUUCGUGGCUCUCACAAUUAAAGCGGAAGCUUCAUUAGCAAAAUGAAAUUGUAAAACUUCAACUUUCUAUCACAUGAUUCACUCAGAUCACAUAUUUUUUUUACUUUUUGUGGCCUCCUAAUAUUGUUGCUUUUGUUUAGAUUCUCUUCGAAAAGACGGCAAGAUCGGUGUUCUGAACAGUGAAAGGCUCAAAACAGAAACUGGUGAAGCAAAGAGCAUAACAGGAUAUGCCUACAUACCCAACCCAAAAGAACCAGGGAAGUUGAAAGUGCACUUGGAAGGAACUCCUUUUGACGCCCCUUGUAAGUAGAAAUCAAGAUACGCCUUAUAUUAAAACGUAGCCUGUUCCAGGCGUUCAGAUAGUGGAGCACGGGAGAAAAAUUCACGAAGAAAAAAAAACGAGGGAAGACUAGAAGGAGAAAGGGUGUACAAUGUAACUCGCUCCCCACUGACCGCCGCGCUCUACUAUCUGAACGCCUGGAACAGGCCAAUUAAAACGUCUUAUCUGCUGCGUAAAGAUGACCUCUCUAAAGACGAAUAAAGUCAACUCCAGCUCCCAUCCUCAUUUAUGGAUCUGUAAUGUAUUAUCAGUAUUGCAUAGAGUACGUCCUGGGCUGCCUGUGCGGUCACACCUUGUGUAGCAUUGAAGUUCUUCUUUAACGUGUCUUGAGCCUGUGUAAUCAGAUGCUCUUUUCUCUCAACAGACUGGGUUGUAAAGCUGGGGCCCGCAUCGUUCGGAGAGAAAAAUUUGUAUCAGUACGCAGUCGUCACAGACAACUUGCAGAUUGGAUUGUACGUGCUGGCGAGGGAUGUCAACAACUUCAGAAGCCAGUAUGAUAAAGAAGUAUUAAGCUGGCUGGCCGAAAAUGGCUUCACACAUUUUUACAACAAGCCUGUUGCAACAGUGCAGAACGAAAAAUGUCUCUACCCAGACAAAAAGUAUUUCUAUCAGCCAAUCGGAGACUUCCUGAAACAGAAGUAGAUCGCAGUGCUUCCCACUGAACCGAGAGGUCAAGUGGAUACGAAGUAGCGCUUGAAUUCCAAAACGUGGAACGCCCCCCAAUAAACUGAAAAAAUAAUAAUGCUCGAUAUCUAGAUUAAGCAGGAAAUUUUGAUAUUUUAAAAUGAGUUUGAUUAUUUUUCCCAAAGGAAAUGGAGAGAAUGCUUAAAGCAAUCAUACUUUUAUUGUUUGUAACAAGCUAGUUGAAUAAAAAUUGUCGCUUAUGUACCU